AUGAAGAGAGUCAGCGGUAAAAGUGUGCCAUUAGCAAAGCUAUCUUCAUGCAUGAAGACAAUGAAGUUAUCUGUUGUUGUUAAACUUACGGAGCUAACCCAAGGAAGAAGACGAGCGUCCAUUCUCUUGAUCGAGCACUUACAAGGAAUUUUAAAGCAAGUAUGCCCUCGAGUAGGAAAGAAAUCUCUGCCAUGGACAAAGGGAGAUGCCUCAGUUGCAAACAUUCACGGCGACAUUGCACACAUCUCGGCCGAGGUUGAAAAAUUAUUACCACUGCUGUGGAACACAUUCUCGAAGACCGUUUCGUAUUUCCGAGAUCAGUUAAAUUCCUCUGCAGUCCUGACGGAAACAGAUGUUUCGGAUCAACUAGCUGAUUUGCUACGUCUUUGUCUGUCUACUCUGGAACACCUAUUUUCAUGGAACCAUAUCACUCCGCUACCUAGCGAUCCUGAUGCUACGUCAACUAGAAAGAAAUGCCGGCGAGAAAAAUUUCUGGAAAUUUUGGAACGUGCUAUUCUUGAGGAAGACAGCGAGAAAAGUGCAGGCAGCGAAGCAGAGCAUAGCGUCUACCAAUAUCUGAUUGAUGCGUGCGAAGUAGUGCCAAAUGUUGCCGUUGCAAUUGCUCUACUGGAU